UAGACCAAUGGAUUUUUAGUUUGUUAGACAAUGGCCAUCAUGACAACAUGGGCACUUACUUAAAUACCACGCAAGAACAAUAUUGGAGCUGAAUCUUCCCUUUCUUACUUUACUAUUCAGGCAGACGAAACCCAAAUCCAAAUCAAUCUCACCAUGGCAAUCUAUCGUAUCCUUCUACUCAAGUUUAAGGCCCUUGUGCCACCAGACGAGGACAAGGCCGCUUGUCAGCGAAUACUAGAUUUCGAGACAAAUUGCAUCCAUCCUACGUCCCAAAAGCCAUAUGUGAAAGUGCUAGGGGGUGGAAAAGACAAUAGCCUGGAGGGUCGACAGGACGGAAUGACGCAUGCGUUCAUUCUUCAAUUUGAGAAUGAUGAAGAUAGGAAAUAUCAUGUCGAAAAAGACGCAGCUCAGCUAGAAUUCGCCGCAAGUAGCCGAGACAUAAUUGAGAAAGCUCAAGUUAUCGAUUUCGCACCUGGAGUGUUCUGAGGUUCGACAUGUGGACUCUUUGUCAAAUUGGUAUCAAUUGGAGUUGGAGAAAUGAGAUUGAUGAGAUGACGUCGAUUCAUUCGCAACGAUUGAUCUUACGUAUCUACAGAGAAACAUAGUGGUUUGUGAUUUACCUGAUCAGAUAAAAACCAACAAAGUAAAAUAAGAACAGGUAGUUGAGCUAUUCAUGGACCUUAAGUGCAGCAAUGUAUGUAAUCCAGGUAGAUAAAACUAAAGGGAUAGACCAUUGCUAGGGAAAUGCAGGUACCUAAGUACUAAAAUUAGCCAUGAAAAAGAACCUGACUGGGUUAAUUAACAGCCCUACGUCAUCCCCCAC